GCAGGUUGGUGGGCUAACCGGUUUGUGCUCCGCCGGCCCGGAAGCAUCAGAAAGGAAUAAACAGUCAUGCGGAAAAAAAAUUCCGACCUACCUCUUUUCCAGGCAGUUAACGGAGAAACCACUUCCACUCUCUCGGCGAUUAUAUCCGCUAAAGAUGACCUAAAAAGAGCUGCUCGAACAGUGACAGCCACGACCAGCAGCAGAGUCAACGGCGCCGCCAUCUUGGCAUCUACACACCCUGCGCGGGACCAAUGAGUCUUUCAACGGACUGUAACUCAUGCUAAAACCCACAACGGCGCACAUAUCAAAAACGUGCAUAGAAAUUAUUCAAGUUGUAUAUUCAUUAAAUAAUUUUGACAAUGUAUUUUACGAAACACCUCAGUAGUUACACACAUGAGUAAAGAGUGCGGAACUAUUUUGUCAGAUUAUGUUUUAAGGGGGACAUGUUAGUCGUCGGGAUCAAAACACAAUUGACGACGCCAUUGGAAGUACAGCUGAUAGUUGAUUAGUCAUUGUAUCAUAAUAUCAUUUUCCUGUUCCGUGUGUUGUUUAAAGCUAAACAAAAAAUAGUUGUAGUCCUUCCUUGAGCUAUUACACUGACAACCUCCAAAAGGGGAGUGCGAGCGUCGUAUUGUGUAUUGUGGACAUUGUUGCUUUCAUUUCGGUCGGAGCCAUGGCGGGCUUAGAGCUGCUGUAUUCGUGCUGUGGUGAAAACAUAUCUUGUCCUCAAGACGCCAUCGUAUGUCUCGUUCACUGGGAAGUCAUCAAAAGCGGAUAUAAGUGCGUCGGCUCCGGGGACGAGCCUCGAAGCAGUGACAAAAAGUCAGAGUUGUUGCCGUCAGACUGGAGCAGCAACAAGGUGGAGUACACGCUCAGGUACACGUCGGACCUCGGAGACGUCCAGUUGCUGCUCAAAGCGCUGCUGGUGGACUCUGCGCUCGUCUUCAACCUGAUGAACCGCUGUACACAGCAGGGCUCCGACUUGAUUGUCAACCUGAACGAGCACGUGGACAAAGACCACUUGCACGCCUUCGACAGAGUCUUUAAGGACGGCGGCGGCCUGGCGGCAACAAUCAAAAGUCAGCUGCUGCCGUCCAGGGACAAGCGGACACAAGCGCAGACGGAGCGGAGCAGGCGGCCGCAGCGGGAGGACGAUGACGACGACCCUCUCCGUGUCCCCGGCAGAAACCCCCGCCAUGGAGCUCAGGGACAGUGGCCUGAUGCUGUAGUUCCACCUUUCUCUGUGGGAGGAGCAGAUUUGGAUCCAUUGGGCAGGUCUGGCAUUGGGGGUGGUAUGCUCGUGGAUCCACUGAGGUCCGGGUACCCUCGCUCCGGUUUCGAUCCAUCCAGCGGGAUCCCAGACAUCUUACCCCCUGGAGCAGUACCCCCUGGGGCCCGCUUUGACCCAUUCGGACCGAUCGGACGCCACAGACCCGGGCCGGAUCCAGACCACAUGCCCCCCCCAGGCUAUGACGACAUGUUCAUGUAACGCCACUCACUGCUUCCUGUUCUCUAGCCAAUAAGAAAGCUCUUCAUCCUCGUUUGAUAACUCUCAUUGUCUACUUCUGAGAGUGGAGGAUUUGUAAUGAAACCUUGGAAACUCUGCAGCACUUUGUUCCGCUCCUUACAACUCAAAGUUGUCAUUUAUUAAGUACAUUUAAAAAAAUUAAAAUUUUGUGGAAAAUGAUUUUGUCUUAAAUUUAAAAUAAAUAAAGUUGUCAAA